CAGCAGCAGAGUCCAGAGCACAGUCACUCCUUUGUUUGACAAGGAAAACACAUGGAUUGACAUCACAACCACAACUCAUCUCAAAGCCUGUUUUUACAAUCACGGCCCUGGGAGGAAGCUGUCCAUCAUGUUAGAAAAUCUUGCUCUCAAUUUAAGGCUCUUUGUGCUGGUCUGUGCAGCUGUCAUGUCGUUUAUCAUGUGUCCAGAUGCUGCAAGAGUCAGUCCAAUAACGACCCAAGUGGAAAACAGAGUGAAGUACAAAGUCCUUAGACAACUGUACACCCCAAACAGCCUGCAUCAUCACUUUGUGACUGGUCCAUUAUCAACCGAAACUGGAUUCCAAUCAGGAUCUUCAAGCAAAACCGAGAACGUGAAGCAUUUUAAAAAGACUUCGUCAAUCAUUAACCGCCAAUCAAAACCUUUGACAGGCGGUGGCUUUGGUUACAAUCAAAACAACCCAGAUAACAGACACUCCCAUGCUGGAAUAACAAGAGUGCAGAGUGGAAAGCUGCCAGAAAACAGCAUUUUCACUAGCAACAAUCAACAUGAAAGAGAUGGCACUGAGAGGCCUCAAACCAGAGCAAAUUACCACACUACAACUGGAAAUGUGUACAGUUCAUACCCAGCAAUCAUUAGGAAAUCAUCCAGACAUAAAGCUUCAAGUCCCUUUUAUCAGAGCUCCAGUCAUUCACAAGUUGCUCAGGAAUCUUACAAAGUUCCUAUGAUUGACUUUUCAAACCAGGCGGAAGAUAAAACUACUUGGCAAUCCUCUUACUCUUCCCCCUUUUCAUCCCAGACUCGUAGUGCUUCACUGCCAGCUCAAAGACGGCAUUACAGCAGUGAUAAGGAGACAAAUGAGCUCCCUGGAUCCCUGGUGCAGAGUGCAUCUAGAGCAAUCCAAUCAAGAAAAUAUCAAAGCUUCACAGGUCAAACUGCUCCUCACGCGCCAUCAAUCAGCAAAAGUGUAGACAUCAAUGUUAUUAAAAGCAACCCUAGGAUAAAAUCCCCAAUAUCAUCCAUCACAGAUUUCUCGCAGGGUUGGCGAUCCCUGGGAAGCACAGAGACGCCAAGAUUGAACAUCCAGUCGUAUCUGUUUAAAGAUUCCCAGACGUCUUCUGGUGGAUAUCAGUCAGUGAAUACAAAACCUGGCAGUCCUCCUGCUGUAUCACAUAUGCAACAGCCCUCUGGUGCACAGGUUAAUGGCAAUUUUUUAUCAAAUAUUCAACAAAAAAGCACAACUAAGUAUGUAAAACACCCAUCUGUAUAUCAAACUGCUGAUGGUUCUCACACUCAUAGGCUCUUGCAAUCCCAUCGCACAUCAGUUGUAACCGGCAUUCCAACAUCAGUACAUCCCGUUCCAGGAAUAGAUGACACCAGGAACACUUUCCUCCCUAAUCCUCAUGCAAAUAUACAAGUCAACUUUGCCACUGUUAACAAGGAAUCUAGCUCACCUAAUGCAACUACAAGUGGAUCAAUGCAGACUCCAAGUCCUGGACGAAACAAUAAAAACAUCUAUGGCUUCAGAGGGUUUCAAAAUCCUCCCUGGAGAUCUUUGAAGGAGCCAUCUACCGUUUCACCAAGAGGUCUGAAUGAAGGUACAAACUCUCUGCGAUACAGAUAUGGCAACAGGAAGUUUAAAACAACAAAUGUAUACCCUUCUAUCUCACGAAAGUAUAGUUUCAGCCAGAGAGGACAAUUUCCUACAACUACACCACCAGAACUUGAGAGACAACAAACUUCAACUCCAGGUGCUCGAGAUACCAUCCAAACCUUGAGAAAUCCAGGACCAAUCACAUCAGUAUCAAAGGAAGCCCAGCCUCUGGUACCUAAGAGUGAUGCUGGGUCAAAUGAGAACAAAAAGUUCAGGAUGUUCAGAAGAAUAUAUGGUCUUAAAGGGUUUAGCAAACGGCCACUUGAGGGAGCCAAAGGUUCACUUAGCGAACCAGACAAAUCUAAAGGGGUCCAGGAAGAUUUGGGAGGUUUAAAAUUUAGGAGCCCACAGGUUUUGCAACCAAUAAGCAAGAGGAUUCAGAGAUUUCAGUACAAUAAAACAGAUAAAAUAGAACCAGGAAGCAACCAUGGUUCAACAAUAAGUGAAAGUGAGCCUAAAAAACAUUUUGAGACAUCAGGAGGCACAGAAUCAGUCGAUGGAUUCUCACCAAACAGAUACAAAGAACAACAUAAACUCUUCAACUUUCCUGGAUUCCAACUUGUUCGGAACAGAUUCGGAAAUGCUUUGAACGAAACAACCUGGAAGUACAAAAGUGGUGGAACUCCCUCCACUUUUGUUGGAUCAGCUGGGCCUCUUCAGGCCCCUCAUCCAAGGACAUCCAACAGCACUAGACCUGUUCCAAUGAGGGCAACUCUGCUCAACAGUUCUACCAGCUCUACAGUGAGGGGCAAACGUGUGAAAGUAAAACAAGUUGACACCAAAGGGCUCCAGGAGUCUAAUGUUGCAACCAAUAAUGCUGGGAACGUAGCCAUAGUUAGGAUGCCUAAGCCACAUGCCAGAGUUAAAGCUUUCACCUUCUCUGAUAUUCUUGGAAGCGCUUCAUUCAGCAGUGUCAGAGCAACAACCCAGACACCGAUCACACCGACUGGUGAGGACAGCAUUGGAAACAUUACAGCAGCAACAAAGCAGGAAGUAGAGGUGGUUGACUGGACUGCUGAGGAUGAAAAAUUCAGUAGAGACAACUCAAGUAGAGACCCUGAAGAUGAGUCAGAGGAUUUCAGUCAUGUUGAGAAAAAUGAGCAGGAUGUUAGAAGUAAAGACACAGAGUUCAAAACAGAUUUAUUCUUGGAUAAUGAAGGAAGCGGAAGUGGGGAUUUAAACAUGUUUGAUGUUUUUUCAACAAAGAGCAACAGACUUAGUGAGGAUUUGUUGGAACUAGAUUAUCUACGGAUAUCAGCUGGGAAUGUCUCUUUUAAGUCUAUGAAUGUGUCGAGAAGUGAUCAAAUGAGAGCUUAGUGAAAUGUUGAUCAAACGUUCAAUAAAAUUUGGAA